GGUUCGGCGGAUUCUACUGCCCCCCCCCCCCACUUUCCCGCGCGCUUCUCUGCUCGGCGCUUCGGACUCAUCGGUGGGCGCGUGGCGCACAGCCAGGUGGCGGGGGACCCGGAGUCCAUCUGCGGGAAAGUAUGCCUCAGACUCCUCCUUUUUCAGCAAUGUUUGAUAGCAGUGGUUACAACCGAAACCUCUAUCAGUCUUCAGAGGACAGCUGUGGAGGGCUGUAUUACCAUGACAACAAUCUCCUUUCUGGGUCUCUGGAAGCUCUUAUCCAGCACUUAGUACCUAAUGUGGAUUACUAUCCAGAUAGGACAUAUAUAUUCACCUUCCUCCUCAGUUCUCGGUUGUUUAUGCAUCCGUAUGAGCUCAUGGCCAAAGUUUGCCAAUUAUGUGUUGAGCACCAGAGACUAAGUGAUCCUGAUAGUGAUAAGAGCCAGAUGAGAAAAAUUGCACCCAAAAUUCUUCAGCUCUUGACAGAAUGGACUGAAACAUUUCCUUAUGAUUUUCGGGAUGAAAGAAUGAUGAGAAACUUAAAAGAUCUGGCUCACAGAAUAGCCAGUGGCGAGGAGCAGACAUACCGGAAGAAUGUCCAGCAGAUGAUACAGUGUCUGAUCCGAAAGCUCACCACGCUCAGCCAGUAUGAGGAAGUUUUGGCAAAAAUCAGCUCCACCUCCACAGAUAGACUCACAGUUCUGAAAACCAAGCCACAGUCCAUCCAGAGGGAUAUCAUUACCGUCUGCAGCGACCCUUACACGUUGGCCCAGCAGCUGACUCACAUAGAGCUGGAAAGACUCAACUAUAUCGGGCCAGAAGAAUUUGUUCAGGCGUUUGUACAGAAGGAUCCCUUAGACAAUGACAAGAGUUGCUAUACUGAGCGGAAGAAAACACGAAAUUUAGAAGCUUAUGUGGAAUGGUUCAAUCGACUAAGCUACUUGGUUGCAACAGAAAUCUGCAUGCCUGUGAAGAAGAAACACCGAGCAAGAAUGAUAGAGUAUUUCAUUGAUGUAGCUCGAGAAUGUUUCAAUAUUGGCAACUUUAAUUCCUUGAUGGCAAUAAUCUCUGGCAUGAAUAUGAGCCCAGUCUCUCGACUAAAAAAAACCUGGGCCAAAGUGAAGACUGCAAAGUUUGAUGUUCUUGAGCAUCAGAUGGACCCUUCCAGCAAUUUCUAUAAUUAUCGAACAGCUCUUCGUGGGGCAGCACAAAGGUCUUUAACUGCUCAUAGCAGCAGAGAGAAGAUUGUGAUACCAUUCUUCAGUCUCCUAAUCAAAGAUAUUUAUUUCCUUAAUGAGGGCUGUGCCAACCGCCUUCCAAAUGGCCAUGUCAAUUUUGAGAAAUUUUGGGAACUAGCCAAACAAGUAAGUGAAUUUAUGACAUGGAAACAAGUGGAGUGUCCAUUUGAGAGGGACCGGAAGAUCUUGCAGUAUCUCCUCACAGUUCCUGUCUUCAGUGAAGAUGCUCUCUACUUGGCUUCUUACGAGAGUGAAGGACCUGAAAACCACACAGAGAAAGACAGAUGGAAGUCUUUAAGGUCCAGCCUGUUAGGCAGAGUUUAACAUAUAGAAGCUGCCUGUUGCUGUUGCUGUUGCUGCUGCAUGGUGCAGACCACAGAAAGGCUGGCCUUUGUUUUCUGACAUCUCCUCCUAGGACAGAUCAUGAAGACCCCUCAGCCCUGGGAGAUCUCAGAUCAACAAAGCAAGAAAGCCCACUGCAGAGCAGAUGGGAAAGUCAUUUCCCACAGCUGACAGAUUGACUCAAGGUUUUGUGGGACUGAAAUGUUCACUGAAGACACUUGAGAAAGAAUCCUCUAAAGAUCCUGGCUCUGACAUGAUUCAUCUUUUGGAAUUUCCAUGUGAAUCACAGCUCUGCACCUGGAUGGAGUUUUCUUUUGUGCGUGUGUGUGCUUUGCUUAUUUGGUUGAACAUUUGCUGCUAAUGGGACUUACUCGGCUGAGCACCGGCUCUUAGGAAGCCCAUGUUUCUUUGUUAAUUUAAAUGAAAAAAGGAGAGGAGGGAGGGGAAAUCCCCCUCAGUUUAGAUCUCAGACCUCAGCCAGGCAAGGGAAGACUGGUUUGAUGCCAACCAUGGACUUUACUUCCUUUAGUAUGUGUUGUGUUGUAAAUUCCUCUCCUCCUUCUUCCUAUGAAGUUUUGAGUUGGCUGCUGGUUAGCAAACUCCUUUUUACCCAUAUAAGUUAUUUAAUAUAAGAAUGAAGCUUAACACUGUGGUAGGAAAAUAGCCACUAGGAAGAAAAAAAAAAGCAGAGUUUGUCAUUGGACUGCUAACCAAGCUAGAGGGACCUUUGGCCCUCUUUGCCCUUCUGGAACUGUUUACAACUAACUGACCACUGUGUUCUACAGAUGUAUUGUUGUUUUGUAGUUUUUUUGUUACUUAGUUUUCCAUGAUGCCUAUUUUUUUUCCUUGUAAAUUUAAGUUAUCUGACUUUGAAGGUUUAACGACAAAACAAAACCCUGUCAUAAUUACAGGUUUAUUUUCUUUAACAGACUAAUUUUUAUGGUUACUUCUUGGAGUCUGUUGGUGACUAAACCUAUAAACAAAGAGUAAAUUGGAAAAGUGACCUCCUCACCCUUAGCAAGUGAAUCAAAACAGCUGACAAAUAUGUUGAUGUGGAGACAAUGAUGGAUCUGCUUGUGAAAUAGUUCAGCUUGUUAAACAUCUAAAUCGAUCUAUAGUUGCUCUGCAAACAGCUAUUAUGUAUCUUUACUCUAGGAGAAACUGUAGAGUAGUAAUAUGUGCUAAUGAAAAGCAAAACACCAUGUUCAAACCAGAGCUGUAUCUGGAAACCUCCUUCUGUGGUUGCCAGAACCAAGCAUGUGUGUGUGCUCUGCUUCACCGCAAUGGGUCUAAAGUGUCUCCAACUUGUCCUUUUACAACCAUCAAUAUAAUUCCCACUCUGCUGCCAGGA